UCCGCUGCUGGACACGAAAAGCCCGUCCUACACUUCGAAGAAUUAGUUGCCCUCCACUGAGCCUAGCAGACACUACUGGGCGAACAUGAAGUCCGGUCCUGGCAUCCAAGCCGCCAUCGACCUCACAGCCGGGGCCGCAGGGGGCACCGCGUGUGUACUGACCGGGCAGCCCUUCGACACAAUGAAAGUGAAGUUGCAGACGUUCCCCGACCUAUACAAGGGUCUCACCGACUGCUUCCUGAAGACGUACAAGCAAGUGGGUUUCCGGGGCUUCUACAAGGGAACCGGCCCAGCGCUGAUGGCCUACGUCUCUGAAAACUCUGUCCUCUUCAUGUGCUACGGCUUCUGCCAACAGUUCGUCAGGGAAGUGGUUGGACUGGACAAGCAGGCACAGCUGAAUGACCUGCAGACUGCAGUUGCCGGGUCCUUGGCUUCUGCUUUUGCUGCGCUGGCCCUCUGCCCCACUGAGCUCGUGAAGUGCCGCCUACAGACUAUGUAUGAAAUGGAAAUGUCAGGAAAGAUAGCAAAAAGCCAUAAUACAAUUUGGUCUGUCGUGAAAAGUAUCCUUAGAAAAGAUGGCCUUUUAGGCUUCUACCACGGACUCUCCAGUACUCUACUUCAAGAAGUACCAGGCUAUUUCUUCUUCUUUGGUGGCUAUGAACUGAGCCGAUCAUACUUUGCAUCAGGAAGAUCAAAAGAUGAACUAGGUCCUGCCCAUUUGAUGAUAAGUGGUGGAGUUGCUGGAAUUUCCCUCUGGCUUGUUGUGUUCCCAGUGGAUUGUAUUAAAUCCAGAAUUCAGGUUCUUUCCAUGCUUGGAAAACAGGCAGGAUUUAUAAGGACUCUUUCAAGUGUUGUGAGAAAUGAAGGAAUAGCAGCCUUAUAUUCUGGACUGACAGCUACUAUGGUUCGAGCAUUCCCUGCCAAUGGGACACUAUUUUUGGUCUAUGAGUAUAGCAGGAAGAUGAUGAUGAGCCAGCUGGAAGCAUACUGAAGUCUUCUGGUGAACCCAGAUCCAAGGACAGGAAUUUAAGGACUACAAUUCAUUUCAUGGUUCACAGAGUACCACACCAAUGUGGAAUUAUUUUUUACUUCAUGAGAAAUUUGGUUUCAUCUUCUUUUUCUACUCUAAAUCUUAAACUUCAUGGAAAGACCUCUUGUCUUACAUUAUGUAAUUUCUGCCCAUAAUUGUAUCAAAAUAGAAAAGUUACUGCUUUUGCUUUUGGUAAAAUAUAUAGGGUGAGCUGGUUGGCCCUAUGUACAUAAUCUGGAAGACUAAAUAUAGUUCUAUCAGG